AUGUGGCCUAUCAAGGAUCUCUGGAACGUAAGUAUUUAAAAAUUAUUUUUCAAAAUGUUAGGAAGUUUUAGGUCUAACGGCUUAUAAUAAUAUUAUAAUAGGUGUAAAAUGAACCAAAAUGUAAAAUAUUUAUAUAAGACGAUUUCAGACAACAGCGGUACUACUUUGUGCUUAUGGUAUACAACAACUUAUGGAAAAGAAUGAAGAAAGAGCGUUAUGGGCUGCCAUUGGAGCAGGUAAAUAUUUAUUGUUUUUUCUUGUUUUUAGAUAACAAAAUCUUGGAACUACUGAUUUUAUUGAUAGUAAUGUCAAACAAAUGGUAUGGAUGGACAACACGAUUUUAUAAACCUAAUACUAUAUUUUAUAAAUACAUUUUUUUGGAAAGUUUUAAAAUUGUUAAUAAUGCUAUUACUUAUCAUCUACAAACGUAAAAAACAUUUUGGACUUACUUUUGUUAAAAGAGUUUAACCAAUAUAAAAUAUAACAAUAAAUUUCAGUGUCGUGUACCUUAAUAUCCCCGGUGUAUUACUAUCACGAUAUAAAUGGAAAAAUCAAAUCGGGAUUCAUGAAUCUUGGCAGUGGGGUCAAAAAAGUAUUGAAUUUCUUGAUCGUCCGGCCUGUUUGUUUUGUCUACGAAACAUUAAAAUACAUUGUUCUGCUCAAAUGGAUGUCUGGUAAGAAGAGGGGAUACAGGGGUUUUUUCAAGCUGAAGUAGAAAGGCCUUUUUAUAUAAAACAGAAUAAAAAGCUCUUUUCUAAUUUCCUAUGAACUACAAAAACAAAUGCUUUGAUUCAUUAAAAUCUUGUGGUUUAAAGAGAAAGCGAACGUUUACGGUUGAGGAACUUAAGAGUUUAUUGUUAAUUGGAGUUUAGGAACGUUAAAAUUAGAGUUUGGGGGUUUUUGAUCAAGUCAAUUACAUUUUUAUGUUUUGCUAUACUAUAAGUAUAAUGAUAUUGCAAUAACUUUUUUGUUUUUGUCAAUUUUUUGCUACAAUUCAUUUUUUUUAUUAAAACGUGCACAUAGAAGGCAAAUAAUAUUAAGUUUCCAGGUCUAAAGCAGCGAAUUUCUGCUGUGGGAUCGUAUAUCUACGGAACGUUGGACACGUACAUCUUGCAGUACAUUCGAGCAGCCGGCCGAAGAGUUCAUCAAUCCUUUGUCUAUUGGUGCUAUUUUCAUUGGUGGACGGACUUGAAGGCCGUCUUGAAGGUUUGGAUUGGAGAACCAGCAGUUCAGAAGAUACGAAGGAUUCGAGAGAAGGUGGUCUAUGUUGUGGGAGGUUACUGGUUGGCUCCUCUCGGGAAAUACUGUGGAAAGUAAGUUACAUAGUGAUAAGGGUGGUAAAAUACGACGAUGACUUGGCGUAUUUAAAAUGAGUUGGUUUAUUAAAAUAUAUUAUGCUAGUUUGUAAUAGUAAAGUAAACUGCAAAAAAAAUAUUUUGUGAAUUUAAUGGUCAGAAGCACUUGAAAUUUUGUAUUUUCUAAUGUUUACACAAGGAUUUUUGUUGGUUAUGGUUAGUUAACAAGUAGUUCACAUGCAGUUUUUUUUGUUUUGACAAUAAGUUUGAAUUGAAUGGAGGAAGUUUAAGGAAGAACUUGCUUUUCAGAUAGUUUUUGUUAAGGUUUGAGUUGAAAAAGCCAAACAACUUUUUAAGCUUGGCGUUUUGGGUACAUAUUUUCAUGGGUAAUAUGCGAUUACUAUGCGCAGGAUAGAUUAAUAUGCAUAUUAAUAUAUGUUUUGGGUUUAAGACGAAAGAAAGUUGAGGUUUGGUAUAGUUUAAGGUCAAAAAUAAAAUUAAAAAUUUAUUUUGUGCCUUUUGGUUUUUCUUAUUUUGAACAUUUUUUAAUUAUUUUGAAUUUUUUAAUCAAAAAUGACUAUUUUAUAUUUUAGCGUAGCUCUAGACGGCCUAAAGUACCUGAUGGGAGUAGGAAACAAAUGUGCUGUAGCAAUUGGCAAUUCGGUUGUAUAUCCUCUGAUGGUGUUUGCAUACGAUCAGCUGAAAGUAGCAACGUUGUACACGUAUGACAUCGUAGGAAGACCGGUAGUUGAAGUGUUAGUGAGAAAAUAUAAAACAGCCGAAGACUUCGCUUUCAUCUACGUACUAGGACCUACAGCUAAUGUUGUCAUCAAUUCGGUGCCGGAGAAGAAUCCGUUUUGUGGUAGGUUGUUAGUUUAAGCAAUAUUGUAGUAGGUUAUCGCCAUUUUAAGUUAUAUACGUUAAUUUUAAUGUUAAUAUUAAUAUUUUGUCUCUUUAUUAAUAAUUUGAAAAAAAUGUAAAAUUUAGAGCGUUUAGUUGAAAAAUGUCUUUAUAUUGUCAUGAAAUGGAUUGAUAUCAUUCUUUUCAGAUGACACAGACGAUGACCUAAAGGAAUUCUUACCAAAUGCAGCAGAAUCAGAGUUUGAAGAUGAAGAAAGUGCUUCGGAUUCAGAUGACAGCUUACCUCCGAUUGAAUUGCCGGUCAAAAAGAAGAAUGACGUUUUACCGAAGACUACAGUCGAUGAAUUAGGUAAGAAUUAAGAAAUCUUGACAUUUGACAUCUGAUAUUUGAAAAUUUAAGACGAUUUUUGGCAUUUUUAGGAGAUUAAUGAAAUUUUUAAAGUUGCCAACUACAACUUGAUAAAAAUUUCAAAUUAUACUUUUAAAAAAAUUGAUUUCGAUAUGUGAGGUUAUAUGCAAAUUUUGCAAUUUCAGACGAUGACAGUUUUCUGGUCAGUCGCCUGAAUCGCGAAUUCUCGCUUUCCGACAGCAGCGACGAGGAAUUCCUUCUUUUUCCGAAGAAAGAUCGUACUCGUCGGAGGAAGAAAGUGUCAGCAAACUAG